AUGCGACGUGGCCGUUUACAGGAGUGGCACCGCACCGCUGCCGCUGUCGCGGGCCAGGCGCACCGGGGCUCCCAUCGAAUGCCUCACCACGACUACCUCACGGACUUCGGCACACAUCAUGUGGCCACGGCGGGCGAGUUGUCUCGCUGCGUGGCAUCUGUCAGCGACAAAAGCUGGAUCGAGUGCUUCACAAAUACCGUUUCCGAAACUCCGCUGAGCUCGUUGACGACGAGCUGUAGCGCCGUCCACGCGAAUCAUCCGAGUACUCACUUCGAUCUGCAGGCUCCGCUGUUCCUCUCUGAAGGAUCUCUGGCCCGUGCCUCAGUUAUCGACCUUGGUGGGCGGUCCUCGCGCUCUUUCCUGCAUGGUAUGUCGUCUUGCUCCGCAACGCCUUCCUGUAGCAAAGCGCGUCGGUUUCAGAGCUACUCACUACACCCCUGCAAUUGUGGCCACGCUCACCGUGCGAAGUUGGUGCUCUUUGCGGUCCAGGCUGACAUCCUGCUUUCUUGCCCCACGAAGGACCGCCACAUGACUGCAUACCACAUCUCGCUCGGCGCGGAGGUGGACCAGCUGGUGGGCCACGAUGACCUGAUUCUUGGUGGAGCAGUGAACCCGGACGACACACUGGUGGCCACUACGUCGCGUGACUGCACCGCCAUCGUGUGGGGUCUGCCGUCGUGUAAGCAGCGUCGCUCUUUGACUCACCCGCAGCUCGUGCACGCCUGUCGCUUUUCUUCGUGA